AUGUCCUUAGCUAGAGAAAAAUAUCUUAAGAGAAAAAGGGAGCUGCUCGAAAGCAUAAACAUAAUUGACAGCAAUUUAGAAGAUAAAAAAGAUGGUCGAUCUAAGGAAAAAAUUGGUGAAAACAAAAAUGAUUCACAAAAAGAUAACAAACGAAAACAUGAGGAAAGACAAAAAUAUUAUGAAAAUAACAAAAGAGAUUAUGAACAGAAUAAGAGCAUAAAAACGAAUGAAUCGGGUGGGAAUAAUAGUAAGAAUUAUGAUAGUUUGAACAGAAUAGAAAAAAAUAAAACAAAACACAGUACUCACCAUGAUAGAAAUGAAAAUAAUUCGUAUAGCAACGCGAAUCGAGACGAUUCACCAUUAAGUAUUAGAGAAAAUAAAUACUCUCGUAAUGAUAAUCUUGGAAUGAAGCCACCGUCUAAUAUGAAUAAAAAUGAUAAUAGAUUAUCUACCCAGAAUUAUAGAGGGUCAAACAAUGUUUCAGAUGCUCAAUUAGAUGCAAGAUAUAAGGACCCAUUAAAAGAUAUUCCAAAUUUAAAAAACAUCGAAAUAUACGAUAGUUCGAUUUUGUUAUUAUUUACGUGUAAAAUUUUGCUAGAAAUGAGCGAAAUGGAUGGAGGGAAGCCAAAUAAUGUGAAGAAAGUAUCCAUUACAUCUGUGGAAAUUUUGAGAGAAAUAAAAUCUAGAAACCGUAAAAAUAUAAAAUUUUUAAAAAUAAAUAUUUUAAAUAAUGUUUUAGUUCACUUGACCAAAAAUAGAAGUAGCGAAAAACAUGAUUAUGGAAAAAGGAGCGCAUCAGAUGUGGUGUGCGAAAAAUAUAAGGAAAUAAAACUAGAAGGUUCGUGCAUAGAUAUAGAAAACGUCGGAAUAAAUAUUAUUAUAAAAACUGUAUAUAUAAAUAAUAUCAAAAAGCUGCUUCUUAGAUAUAUGUACAAAUUUAGCACUACUAAUAAUUCUAUGAUGAACCCCAAUUUUUCAAAAAAUAUGGCUAGAAUGGAAAAAGAUGAAAUAUAUAGAUUAGGAAAUAAUUCAAAUGAAUACAAUAUUAAUAAUAGUAAUAUGGAUGGUUAUAAUAACAACAAUAUGUUGGGGCAAAGGGAAGCCUCAUAUAAUUCUUUAACUGCAGAAAAUGAUAAUACUAAAAGUUUUGGAGCACAACAAUAUUUACCAGAACAAUAUCCAAAUACAGGAAGCGAAAUGAUGCAUAUCAAUAAUAAUAUUAUCAGUGGGAAUGUACAUAUCGAAGGGGGAAGUAAAAUAAACUACCUGGAAAAUUUGCUAAAUGAGCCUACGGCAAAAGAAAAAAAGAUAAAAGAAGAAACAACAAACAUUUUAUCUAUUUUAGAGGCACCAACAGUAAUUGAAGAGUUGAGAAUAAAGAAAUUUCAAAAAAAAAAUGAUUCUGUAAAAAUAAUAUGUCAACAUUUGACAAGGAAAGCAUGCCAAAAACAUAAUAAAGAAUGUGAUAAAAUUCAUUUUAAAAAAAUAAUAUCCGAGCACACAGAUAUAUCAUUAGGUGAUUGUUCUUAUUUAGAUACUUGCAGACAUAUUGAAACAUGCAAAUUUGUUCAUUAUUGUGUUGAUAAGGAAGAUAAAAUGAUAAUGAAUGAAAAGAGUGAGAUGAAUAAAGAACAAAUUAGUAAAAAAAAAAGUAAUUACAAAAAUACAGAAAGUUUUUAUACAAUAAAAUAUGAUGAUAAUCAUACAUAUGAACCACAAUGGAUAAGAUGCGAUUUGCGAAAUUUUGAUUUAAGCAUAUUUAAUCAAUAUGUUAGUGUAGUAAUGGCAGAUCCGCCAUGGGAUAUACAUAUGGACUUACCUUAUGGUACUAUGACAGAUAAUGAAAUGAAGCAUUUGCCUGUACAACUAAUACAAGAUGAAGGAAUGAUAUUUUUAUGGGUUACAGGGAGAGCAAUGGAAUUAGCUCGAGAAUGUUUACAAAUAUGGGGAUAUAAACGAGUAGAAGAAAUACUGUGGGUUAAAACAAAUCAUUUACAAAGAAUUAUUAGAACCGGUAGAACAGGGCAUUGGAUAAAUCAUUCAAAAGAACAUUGCUUAGUAGGAAUAAAAGGAAAUCCAGUGAUUAAUAGAAAUAUAGAUUGCAAUGUUAUUGUAUCUGAAGUCAGAGAAACAUCUAGAAAACCUGAUGAAAUUUAUAAAUUAAUAGAGAGAAUGUGCCCCCAAAACUUAAAAAUAGAGCUCUUUGGAAGGCCUCAUAAUGUUAGGCGUAAUUGGAUAACCCUAGGGAAUCAGCUUAACGGUGUUGUGUUGCACCAUCCUCAGGUAAAAGAACGAUAUAACAAGGUGGCACCAAAAUUGAAUAUGCCUUUGUGUGAGUAA